AUGGCGACAGCUCUUGCUUCACUACUCCCCAGGCCGGCGUAUGCACCGGCUAUCGAGGACGACGAGGACGACAUUGUUCAAGUACCCACUGCCGCUCCGUCUCAAUCAGUCAUUAUUCGGACACCUGUUCCGCCAUACGGGCAAAGGCAAGGAUGGAAGCCUGCGUCCCCAGAUGAUUUUGGCGACGGAGGGGCAUACCCGGAAUGCCAUGUCGCGCAAUAUCCACUAGACAUGGGCAAGAAGAAGGCAUCCUCAGGUAAUACUCUUGCACUUCAAGUGGAUGCCGAAGGAAAUGUCCGCUACGAUGUCAUCGCGCAGCAAGGGCAGCGUGCCGGCAAGAUUGUCCAGUCGCAAUUUAAGGACCUUGUCCCUCUUGCUCACAGGAAGGAUCUUGACGACACUGCCCGGAUACUGGAGCGUCCUUCGGAGGAUGAGGUUCAGGAGACAACCGAAAAGACACGAACGGCGCUCGAGAAGCUCGUAAACGGGAAGAUCAAGGCUGCGCAGCCCAAGCAUGUCCCGGAUAGUCAAGGGAAUACUUCCUUCAUCCGGUACACGCCCGGCCACCAGAAUGGGUCUGACGGACUGAAACAACGGAUCAUCAAGAUGACCGAGGUUGUUGAGGAUCCGCUCGAGCCCCCACGCUUCAAGCACAAGAAGAUUCCCCGUGGUCCACCCAGCCCUCCUCCUCCUGUACUCCGGAGUCCACCACGGAAAGCCACAGCACAGGAACAGAAGGAGUGGAUGAUCCCGCCUUGCAUCUCUAACUGGAAGAACAACAAGGGUUACACCAUUCCUCUCGACAAGCGACUCGCUGCAGAUGGACGAGGCCUGCAAGACGUGCACAUUAACGACAAUUUCGCUAAAUUCUCUGAAGCCCUUUUCGUUGCUGACCGGCAUGCACGUGAAGAAGUCAGACAGCGCGCCCUUAUGCAGCAAAAGCUCGCGGAGAAAGAGAAAGCGCAGAAAGAAGAGAACUUGCGGUUGCUCGCCCAACGUGCGCGCGAGGAGCGUUCAGGCAUCCCAGCUGCACGCGUGGAGACUAAGCCAACUGCCGAACGUACAGCAGCCAUGCAAUCAUCACUGAACGCGUAUGGCAGUGGCAGUGAAAGUGGAUCGGAGUCUGAAGAGGAAGGAGACGAAGAUGCGGCGCGGGUGCGUGACGAGAUGCGCCAGGAGAAGCGUCGGGAGCGCGAGCGCGAGCUACGCAUGAGCAACAUGGGUCAGGAGCAGCGUGCCAAGAUGCUCGCACGACAGCAGAAUCGCGACAUCUCGGAGAAGAUCGCGCUCGGGCUCGCAAAGCCGACGCUCUCGAAAGAGAGCAUGCUGGACUCUCGGCUGUUCAAUCAAGAGUCACUCCAAGGUUCAUUUGCCGAAGACGAGGCGUACAAUCUGUACGAUCGCCCUCUGUUUCACGGUUCCACUGCCGCUGCCGCGAUCUACAAGGCGCGCGGGAACAUCACGGAGGGCAACCAGGACUCGUUCGGCGAAGGUACUGAGGAGGGUAUUGGCAAGGCCCUCGACAACGAUCGCUUUGGACUGGGCCAGGCACGGAUCGGCUUUGAAGGUGCACAGGACCAGGAAGUCAGGGAGGGCCCUGUGCAGUUCGAGAAGGACACAGGAGACGUGUUCGGAUUGGACAAAUUCCUGGAUGAGGCUAAAAGCGGGAAGAAGAGAGGUUUGGAUACUGAUGUUGGUGGCGCGCGGAAGCGACAGCAACUCGACAAGGCAUCGGAGCGCGAUUCAUAAUAUACACGUUUUCCGUCAAGUAGAUAGGUCAUUUCCCCCAUCCUGUUUGUCCUGUAGUAUGUACUGCUAUUCAAUGCUUUCUCGACU